AGCGUGAGAUAGCAAUAAUGAAGUUGAUUGAGCAUCCGCAUGUCUUGGGGCUUUAUGAUGUCUAUGAAAAUAGGAAAUAUCUGUAUUUAAUCCUGGAGCAUGUUGCCGGUGGAGAGCUUUUUGAUUACUUGGUGAAGAAAGGGCGAUUAACGCCGAGAGAAGCUCGACGAUUCUUCAGGCAAAUCAUCUCGGCCAUUGACUUCUGUCAUAGUUACUCAAUAUGUCACCGGGAUCUGAAACCAGAGAAUCUUCUUCUAGAUGAUAAGAAUAAUAUCAGAGUGGCAGACUUUGGGAUGGCAUCACUACAACUAGACCAAUCACUCCUAGAAACAAGCUGCGGAUCUCCCCAUUAUGCAUGCCCGGAAGUUAUAAGGGUAGGUAUCACUAAGGAGUGAUGUUGACGUUCAUGAUGAUGAUGAUGAUGCUGUUGUUGUUGUUGUUGGUGGUGGUGUGGUGGUGAUAGUUAUGUUGGUGAUGAUGAUUGUGAAAGUGAUGAUUCUGAUGAUGAUGAUGAUGGUGAUGAUGGUGAUAAUGAAGAUGAUGAUGAUGGUAAUGGUGAUGAUAAUGACAAUGAUGGUGUUGAUGAUGACGUGAUGAUUAUGUUUUAAUUGAUUGUCAUGGUGUUAAUAUUGGUGGUGAUGGAGGUGGCAUUUGUGAUGAUGAUGAUGAUGAUAAUGAUUAUGGUGAUGAUGAUGAUGAUGGUGAUUAUUAUGAUGAUGAUGAUGGGAAAAUAGUGAUGGUAAUAUAUCGAUAAUUGGAGUACAAUUAUAGUUUCCGCCCUCACAUCUAUGUCUCUUCAUUUUCUCUUACUGACUAAUCAGAAUUUUUUUAAUAUUUUCGAUUAUUCCUUUUCCCAACUUUAUCCUUAUUGGCCCGAAUUCACAAAGGUGGACUAAAGUUAUACCCGGGGUAUAAAACGCGUCAUUUGACGUCAUUUUAAUCCAUGGACUAAAGUUAGCACCUAGGGGCUAACUUUUGCGAUUCACAAAGGUGGACUAAAGUUAUACCGGGGUAUAAAACGCGUCAUUUGACGUCACGAUUUAGUCAGCUCUUUGGGGUGGACUAAAUCGGUGGAUUAAAGUUAGUCCACCGUUUUAACCAAUCAGAGAGCAGCGUUGCGAUUGCGGAAAAGUUCGCCGUAAGAAAAAAGUUUUUUGGACGGAGACGAGAUUUGGUGUGAUCGGCUUAUCUAAAGCUUAAAAUUUCACGACUUCAACCGAGAUUCAACAGACCAUACAUACUCGGCAGAUUGUGAUCAAUCAAGACAAGGCAAACAUGGCUCACAAUUUUGAACUGCUGUGCCGUCUUGCAAGAGAGUGAGAUUCAGCAACACAUAGAAAGACCACAGCAUGGAUUAAGAGACAGGAAGAAUCCAUUUGAAUACUACGAGGAUGAACCUCUCAGAGUGGGGUACCAACAGAGAGGACCACACAUUGCCUGUCAUGUUACAGGUUUUGACAGGACUUUGUUUUUAUGCCAUUGGUACCUUUUAGAAGAUGCAAGCAGACGAAGCAACUAUAUCACAGUCAUCCGUGUGCAGAAUCAUCAAAGAUUUUUCUGAGGCAAUAGCAAGGAGUAAUAGUUAAUGAAGUUUCCAAUGACAAGAAAUUCAAACCACCCAUCGACAAUUUGAUGAUUGCUACAGGUUUCCAAGAGUCAUAGGUGCUAUCGAUUGGGGCCAAUCCGGGCCAUGUCUACAUCAGGAGUCCUGAUGGGGAACAAGCCCUGUACUUAGCAGGAAGAACAGGUCUUCUGUAAAUGUAUAGGUAUCCGUUGCUCCCCUCUUUGAUGAAUUCCUGCCUGCAUUCUGUUGUCAAUAGAAAAGGACGGUGUGCUACGGGUAUUAAGCAUUCCAUUGGAUUAUCUGUGCAUGAAAGUGGACACUUGUGAUAAAAAUAUGGUAGCUUGGUUGAUAGGAUGUAUUCAUGCAUUCCGAUUUAUCAUUAGUGAUCAAAUGACCAUCUUGCUUUUUAAAACCCAAAUUCACAACAUUUUUCUUGUUUGACAAAAAGUUUGGGACGUGAAUUCCAGGAUAUAAAUGACACACAUGAUGGGCUAAUGUAUAAGCAGGGACACGAGAGGUAUAAUCAAAAAUUUUUUUGCUUAAUUAAGUUAUGAUUCAAGUCGAUUUUAUACCAAGUUUGUUUUAAUCAACAAUCAAUGUUUGAAGCCUCAUGAUUUCAAUUUUAAAACCUCUUUGUUAAUUAAACAGUCAUUUUUCUUAGCAUAUGCAGAUUCUUAAUUUAUCAAAUUUAAAUUAUAAAAUGUCAUUUUUGUUGAAUAUCCUUUUUUCCACCUAUUUUCAUAGACCCUAAGAUACAUUUCUGUAGUAAGCACUAUAAAUACAUUGCAAGCUAUUAUCAUUUGUUUGAUAUUACUAUUUUAUAGAAUCAUCCUUUAAUUUCUUUCAGAAAUAUAUUUGACAAAUUACUUGUGAUAUUCAUGCUUUAGCUGUAGAGUUUAAAAUCUUCAUUAAACUUUUUUUAAUCCAUUGUUUAUCUAUUUUUAUUCGGAGUUUCUGAUGCAUUGUUAAGAAAACGUAAACAGUCUAUUCAAUCUUCGUAUCAUUAUGUAAAGAAUAUCAAUCUACCUUAAAAAGUAAUGCACUAAAUAAACUGCUCUGUCUACUACACAUGUACAUAUAAGUUUUGAUUUUAAAGGUCAAGUCCUCCCCAGAAAAAAAUUCGAUUUGAAUUAAUAGAAAAAAAUCAACCGAGCAUAAUGCUGAAAAUUUCAUCAAAAUCAGUUGUAAAAUAGGAACGUUAUGACAUUUUUAGAUUUGGCUUAUUUUUCACAACACAGUUAUAUGCACAGAUCAGUGACAUGCAAAUGAGACAGUCAAUGACGUCCUUCACUAUUUCUUUUGUUUUUGUUGCUUGAAUUGUACAAUAUUUCAUUUUUUACAGAUUUGACAUUGAGGGCCAACUUGAUUGAACCAAAAUUAUAGUAUUAAAAUAAUGCAAAUCCCACAUGUUCGGGGGGGGGGGGGACUAAUCUUGGUUUCACUUGACAAUGAAGAGAAAAUUUGAAUAAUUCAUCUAGUAGAAUAAAAAGAAAUAGUUUGCAUGCCGACUGGGAUGUACAUAUAAGUGUGUGGUCAAGCAAAACUUUAAAAAUGUCAUAAUUUAAUAUCUUUACAUCAGAUUUUGAUGAAAUUGUCAGUGUUACGCUUGUUGGGUUUUUCUCUUUUUAUUCAAAUCAACUUUGUGGGGGUGGACUUGUCCUUUUAUAUCGUUUUCAAGUAAUUGUGUCAGGAGAAAACAAAAAUGAAAUUCUUUUAUCAAUUCUGUCUAUAUGCUGCAUGGUUCAUCGUUCUUGCAGGAGGCAAAAAAUAAAUUUAUAUAAGAAAGACUUAUUUUAUUUACUUUCAGAUAAAAAUUGUGCUAAGGAGAGAUUAAGGUUAUGUGUAAGGCAGGGGUGGUGGUAAUGGUAUGUUGGUUAAGGUUGUUUAUGAAGAAAGUCAAGUGAUUGCUUGCUUGUGCAGGAGGAUAUACUUCAAGAAACUUGUUGUAGGGUAUAAUGCAAAAUUAUUAUAAUAUAAUUUAAUUGAGAGAAAAGUAUUUGGCACGUUAAGAUGCACAAUAAUGUACAUGUGAUUGAAACAAAUGUGAUUGAAGCAAAUGAGAAAUGAAAGGAGUAAAGGUAGCUACAUGUGUCAAUGAAAGAAUGGCCAGUGGUGUUAUAGUAUAAAUCUUUGUUUAAAAGUUAUUUUAUUUUAGGAAAUUUAGUCCGUUCAGUUUGAAAGUAUAGAGGGAGGACCAUGGACCACUGACCAUGGAAAAAAGUCCCCCCCCAAAAAAAAAAAAAAAAAAAAUAUUAUAACCAAGGAAAAAAAAGAAAGGUGAAACACAUUUUUUCUGAAUAUUAUGUCAAAUCUAUCACAAAAUUGGAUAUUUGAUACUAAAAUUUUGGAUAUUUUUCCUUGCUCGCAAUUUUUUAUUUUACCCGAUACGCCAUAUAUUUAGCCCCCUCAAAAUUUUGGGCCUAAUACGUACGCCACUGAUAUUUCCCCAAUUUCAAAUAUAUUAUUAUGAUUGGGUGGAAUACCCUUUACACUUAUCCAGGGUUGAUAAGUCUUUAUUUUUCUGAUAAGGAAAUUGUGUUUCCUUUAAGGAAAAAAAUACUGCAAGCAUGGUGAAUAGCUUGACCCCCCCCCCCCUCCAAAGCAAACUGGAGUAUAUAGGUUAAGGUUGGGAAUAAUGCGAUUGCAAGAGUGACCAGUGAGUGUGGAGGAGCUACUAAUGAGUAUCUCAGCUCCUUUUAGAGAUGUUGGUAGAACUGACGUAUG